CGCAGACUGACAGCCGUAAGCUCAUCUUGUAUCCCUAGCUACCAGCGACGCGCGAGGAGUCAGCAAAAAUGAUGACAGGCGGGCGUCCGACGGCGAUCGCGAACAGAUGAUCAGCGGCUGUUCGAACCAUCGAACGUGCGAGCCACGUCGACAUGGACGAGAACCUGGAGCGUUGCGUGAAGUCUCUGGAGGAGAAUGCGGAUGAUGUGCGUGACGAAGCUCGACGAGCACUGCUGAGUAUCUGCCGGAAUGUCCUGAGAUCGCCGAGCAAUUACAGGUCCCGCGAGCUGCGUCUCGACGACGAGGUCGUUGUUGAGAAACUUCUGCCGGCCAUCGGUGCCAUGGAGUGCCUGUUCGACGUCGGCUACGUGGAGGAUGGAGAACGCAUAUUCUUACCACGAAACGCGUCCCUCUCGAAGCUCCAGAGUCUAUCAAGACUGCUGUGCACCGCGACAGGGAGCAGUCCUAUAACCGACGACAUUGACAAGACGUCUACGGCGCAGAAGGCGUUCUUCGAUGGAAUCGUCGGACAUUUUCGUAGUGUUAUGUACUACGAGGAUCCAAAUCUGCAAAGAAAGGCCAAACAAGUCGUACCCAUUGUACAAUUAGAAAUCGCAACUAUGACGAAGAUAAGGGAUUUGCAAAAAUCUUUUAAGUCAGACAAUACAGCUGAAGCUACCUCAUCGCAAUUCGAGGCAGAAUUGAUAGCCAAGGAUUUAUUCCUGAUCGAGCUUCUACGCUGGUUUAAGCACGAAUUUUUUGAAUGGGUCAACAGCCCAACGUGCCCGACGUGCUCCACCGAAUGUACGUACGAAAAUGUGAUACAAUCUACGGAUCCUCGUUGCUCAAGGAUAGAAUUGCACAGAUGUCAAAAGUGCAAUAUAGUUGUCGAAUUUCCUCGUUAUACGCAUCCAGAGCCACUGCUGAGCCUGAGACGCGGUCGCUGCGGGGAAUGGGCGAAUGUCUUCACCCUUUUAUGCCGGUCCUUAGGCUAUGACGCGCGAUUUAUAUGCGAUGAGACGGAUCACGUCUGGACGGAAAUAUGGUCGGCGUCGAACAAGAGAUGGGUCCACGUAGACCCGUGCGAAAACGUCAUAGACAAGCCGUUGAUGUACGAAAGGGGAUGGCAAAAGAAGUUGACAUACAUAAUAGCCUAUUCCAAGGAUGAGGUGCAGGAUGUCACGUGGCGUUAUACGCGAGACCAGCAAGCCGUUAUGAAGAGGCGAAGAGCCUGCUCCGAACAGAGUUUAACACAUUUGCUCCAAUCGUUGACCCAUCAGCGGCAAAACUCCGCCGGUUACAGCCGUGCGCGUAAAGAGUACGUCGUCAAGCGGAAACUGCUGGAGCUUGCCGAUAUGCUGUACAUUCCAAAUUCGCGGAACAAGGAUUCUGACGAAGAAGCCUACGAGGGACGAACCUCGGGCUCUCUCAUGUGGAGACUGGCACGAGGCGAAGUCACGCAGGCCGAGGGAAAGAGUUACGUAUGGGACAUUUCCAAAUACGGGCAAACGUUCGAGCUGCGGUACAAUGUCGUUGAAGAUCUAUAUCACGUUGUACGCGACAACGCUGUUCUGGAACGAAAAUCUGGAUGGCUGGAAGGGAUGAACGCCACGGAGGGUGGGAUCUUCCGUAAAGUGGAGAACGACUGGAAGAUGGUUUACUUGGCGCGGUCGCCACAGGCGGAACGCGGACGUGUUAAGUGGACCUUCGAAAUCGCCAAUUCCGAAUCGCAUUGA